AUGAGAAUUCUUAGAUCAUUCCACUCUUUUGUUGUUUGUAGUCUGCAGAUGGAUUCCUCCUCUGUGAAUCUCUCCUUAGCUAUCAUUGCUAGCAUACUUGUAGUAAUUGCAUCAGAAAAUACUCCUCUAUCAGAUUAUCCAGAAGAAUUGAAUGCCUUGGUUUCAAGUGGUUUGUGGGAUGAAGAUACUCAUGACUACUCAGAUAAUCAUUGCCAGUGGAAUGGAAUCACUUGUAAUGGUGCUGGACGUGUUGUCGAGAUUCAUUUACAAGAUUGUCAUCCUACUCCUAUUUGGAGGCCUAUGGUAAACCUUACUGCUUUCCCAGAAAUUUCUAGAGUUCGUCUUAGCAACUGCACAAUCAUUACAAAUCUCCAAUCUUGGAUAGGUAACUUAUCACAAUUAACUUACCUAAAUUUGUCGAUAAAUUUUAUUUAUGGUCAGUUGCCUCGUUUGCUAUUUCUCACAAAAUUAGAGACGUUUGACGUUUCUUAUAACUAUAUAAGUGGUUCCAUUCCAUCCCAAAUAGAGGCUCUAUCGAAUCUAUCUUAUCUGGAUUUGUCACAUAAUUCUUUCACAGGCCUAUUGCCUCUUACAGUGGCGAAUCUCUCUAACUUAGGUGUAUUCGACAUUUCUUUUAAUAGCAUAACUGGUUCUUUUCCAUCUCAAAUAUUGGCUCUACCAAAAUUAUCUUACCUCAAUCUUGCUUCUAAUCUUUUAAGUGGUGAUAUGCCUUUUCUUUCCUCACCAAAUCUCUCAAAGUUGGAGGUAUUUGACAUUUCAUAUAACAACUUCUCUGGUGUCGUUCCACGUAAACUCUGGAAAAAGUUUUCGGAUAGUUCAUUCAUUGGCAAUCCCAGAUUUCAUUUCCCAGCCCCGCGCGAACGAUUUCAUCUUAUCAAAAUUAUCCUUCUAGCUGUUUCAGCACUAAUCUUCAUCUGCACAGUCUGUCUGGGAUACUACCUGUGUAUGAACUGGAUUAGGAAAAAGGUGAAAAUGAGUUGUGUUGUAGAUGAUGAUGCUAAGCAUGGAGAUAUAUUCAAGAUAUGGAAUUUUGAUGGAAAUAUUGCUUAUGAAGACAUCAUCGAAGCAACUGAAGACUUCGAUGAUAGCUACUGCAUCGGCAUUGGAGGCUACGGCAGUGUCUAUGAGGCAAAACUGCCGAGUGGGAGAGUUGUUGCAGUUAAAAAGCUUCAUAGAUUCGAAGUUGAGAAUGAAACUUGUAGCAAGAGCUUUCUGAAUGAGGCUGAGAUCUUGUCUGCAAUUCGGCAUCGAAGUAUUGUGAAACUUUUCGGCUUUUGUCUGCACAAGCGCUCCAUGUUUCUUAUCUACGAUUACAUGGAAAGUGGCAGCCUGUUUUGUGUCUUGAACGAUGCAAUCGAAGCCGUUGAUUUGAAUUGGGCGAGGCGUGUAGAUGUGGUGAAGGCCGUUGCGAAUGCGUUGUGCUACAUGCAUUACGGUUGCGAUCCACCAAUCUUGCACAGAGACAUUUCCAGCAACAACAUACUUUUGAACUCGAAGAUGGAAGCUUGCGUAUCUGAUUUCGGCACAGCUAGAUUUUUGGAUCCCAAUUCAUCGAAUCAGACUCUCACCGUGGGGACCUAUGGUUACAUUGCACCAGAAUUGGCGUACAUGAUGGCAGUCACGGAAAAGUGUGAUGUGUACAGCUUCGGAGUGGUGGCAUUGGAAACCAUGUUCGGAUGCCAUCCCGGGGACUUUAUUACCUCCACGAUGUCGAUAUCCGGACAAUGUGGUCUUGAGAAGGUAAUGGUCCAAGACUUGCUGGAUAAGAGGCUCCCGGCGUUGUCUCUAGACAACGAUCUACGGAUGGCUAAGGAAGUUGCGCGGAUGGUGAAGAUAGCGUUGGCAUGUGUUAGUUUCGACCCGAGUUCCCGGCCGACGAUGAAGCAAGUGUGUGAAGGGCUUGGUGGUGGUGCACCACCCCUGCCUAGGCCUAUACAUGGCAUCUCAAUUCUGCACCUCAUGCCUUCAAACAACAACUAAUGUGAUGAGGUAAAUACAACGAUAGAUUUAUUAUUAUUUGUUAAAAUAUGGAUAAUAAUAUAAAUUUAAAAAAUGAUAUAAUCUUAGCAAAAGAAGUGAGAAUAUACCCACUUUUUAUUUAUACUAAAAUGUCUCAAUUCUUCCUCAGAUUUUUUAUCAAAGCAUUGUGCCCAUCAUGAUUUUUGAAUAAAUUCUUAGAUUUUGAUAAGAGUCGAUGCAUACAUGCAAAAAUCUACCUACUUACAAUAAUGGGUGAAUUUAUUUAUGCCAGAUUUUUGUAGAAAUUAUUUCAUGAAUUAAUACACAAAAAUGCACCAUACUCACUUGCAAAGUAAUAUAUACACAUAUAUUCGAAAAGAAUAUCCUAUUCUGUUAAUUAUUUAUUGCAUCCCUUAGUUGUUGGAGGGCCAAACCGACUUACCAAUUAAUUAUAUUCUUCCCAUUAUCAUUUAAAUAUUCUUCACAUUCCAAAAUACAAAUCCGUACUGUGCAUUUUUUAUUUUUUAUUUUUUCCUUUUUAAUUCAAUAAAAUAGUAACAAUAAUGUUCUUAGAAAAUUAAAACUUACUCUCUUCUACACAUAUAAUCCAUAUAAAAGAAGUUAUCAAUUAUGAUCUUACUAUAUAUAUAUAUUAAUUAAAAUUUUGAUUA